AAUUGACAGCUCAAAGCAAAGCUCUGGAGCUGCAGGUGACCUAAAAUAUUCGACAGUUCGAGGGGCUUUGGAGGCGGAUUCAUUAGAAAUUCGCAGCCAAGCGUGGCGGGCUGUGGCAGGAUGUGUUUGGAUGUGUUUGGAUGCCAGGAUGCCAGAAUGGCAGUGCCGGUGCUCAUAUCAUUCCAUGCCAGUUAGCAAACACACAGAGCACAGAGAACAGAGCACUCUUGUCUUGUCUGACUACAAUGGAUGCGAGUGGUGGAGCAGGUGGUUCGGGCAUCAACAGUGUCGAAGGUGUCAUAAAUUGGGUUUGUCACCUGUACACCUGCACACACACACACACACACACACACACACUAGAGCUCGUUUCUAUUUCGAGUAGGGGAAUGUCCUGUUUUAGCACACACUCUCUCUUUGCCUUUUUAUUUUGGUUUUUGGGUCGAGGGGGUUCUAAAAACCAGCAUCUUUCCAUCUCUGUUGCGCAUUUCCCCAGACAAAAGCUUGGCGAGAAGAGAAAGCUUCGGCGUUCCUGAAGUUCCUGAAGCCAGGACCCAAUGUUUCGGGAAGUGCGCAAGGUCAGUGCAAGCUGGGAAAGGUGAAAGUUGAAUCUCUAGAAUCUCUGCGAUGGCUGCGAUGAGUGCACCUGCAAUCUGCAGCAAGUGAGAGCAAAAGCUCUUUGAUCCCCGAUGCCUGGUGAUAAGAAAGUUGAGAGCGCGUGAGUGAGCUUUGGCAGGUCCUGCUGGCGAGGAUAUAAAAGGAUGCUGGCUGUUGGCGCACUUUCAGUUGGAUUCCGAGCGAGGCAGCAGCAGCAGCAGCAGCAGCAGCAGCAGCAACAUCAGCAGCGGCAGUGGUUGUGGUUAAGGCUUAAAAACCAGGAGAGAGUGCCACCGUACCACCGAAGGGAAAUGGACACAGAGCUGGAAAAACUAGCUCAGCCUGGUGUGUGUGUUCAACCCGUCGUGACACAGUAGUAGUGCCAGUGUGUGUGUGCGUGUGUGUGUGUGUGAGUGUGUUUGCAAAGAACAGAGGCUAGUGCGAUGCAGGCCUAGAAGUGGGCGUACCAGAACCAAGACCAACGGAAAGCUGGAACGGAACCACUCUGAUUGACCAGGAGCCACCGGGAACAGCCGCCGCACUGGCGUCGUUUUGCGAGCGCGGCUUGAUGCCCGAUUCGAUGAUGGACAUGGAGCAUCGGGACCAUCAGCUGCACCGCCAGCAGCAGCAGCAGCAAUCGCACCGCAUAACGGCCAGUACCAGCACGUUUGCACCGCCAGCACCGUCAUCCACCAGCCAAUCGGAGGAUCGGGACCGCGACAGGGAGAGGGAGAGGGAGAGGGACAGGGACAGGGACCACCAACAUCUGCACCAGCAGCAGCAGCACCACCAUCUUCAGUCCAACCAUGUGGCCUCAUCACCACUGCCCGUGAAUGCCUCCAUACAGCUGCAUCAACAGCAGCAGCAGCAGCAACCUCAAAUCCGGGAACGCGAGCAGCAGCAGCAGCAGCAGCAUCACCACCAGCAGCAAUUGCAGCCGCAGAUGCAACAACAACAGCAGCAGCAACAGCAACAACAGCAGCAAAUGUUGCAGCAACCACAGCAGCAGAUGCAGCAGCAGCAACUGCCCCACAGUCAUCAUGCCUUAAUGCAGCAAUCGCAACAGCAGCAGGCCAUCCAUCGAGCCGAGGCGCAUAGAGAUACACAAGCAAAACAUUCACAUGGAUUUCUCUAUUCGGACGAGGAAAUCAGCGAUAAGGCAUCAACAUGCGGAAAAUUGUUAAUAUUUCUCUCCGUGGCUCUUGUGAUAAUGACGUUACCCUUCAGUCUCUUCGUCUGCUUCAAGGUGGUGCAGGAGUACGAGCGCGCGGUUAUCUUCCGUUUGGGUCGUCUCAUGCAGGGCGGUGCCAAGGGCCCAGGUAUCUUCUUCAUCCUGCCCUGCAUUGACUCCUAUGCCCGUGUGGACUUGCGUACCCGCACCUACGAUGUGCCACCGCAGGAGGUUCUCACAAAGGAUAGCGUUACGGUUUCGGUGGAUGCAGUGGUUUACUAUCGGGUAUCAAAUGCAACGGUCUCUAUCGCGAACGUGGAGAAUGCUCACCAUUCGACCAGGCUACUGGCACAGACUACUCUACGAAACACAAUGGGAACUCGGCAUUUGCAUGAGAUACUCAGCGAGCGUAUGACGAUUUCCGGCACAAUGCAGGUUCAACUCGACGAAGCCACCGAUGCCUGGGGCAUCAAAGUUGAACGUGUUGAAAUCAAGGACGUGCGUCUGCCCGUGCAACUGCAACGUGCCAUGGCCGCCGAGGCAGAAGCCGCCCGAGAAGCCCGCGCCAAAGUCAUUGCCGCCGAAGGAGAACAGAAGGCGUCGAGGGCGCUUCGCGAGGCGUCUGAGGUGAUUGGCGAUUCGCCGGCAGCCCUCCAGCUGCGUUACCUGCAGACGCUCAACACCAUAUCCGCGGAGAAGAACUCGACGAUUGUUUUCCCGCUGCCCAUCGAUUUAAUAACGUAUUUCCUGAAGACCAACGAGGCCUCAACGCAGAAGAACGCUCGAGCGGCAGCGGCAGCAAUUGGCAAUACACCGCCACCAUUGCAGCUGGCACCGCAGCAGCAGCCAUUCCAACAACAGCAGCAGCAACAGCAACAGCAGUUCCUGCAGGAUCCACAGCAGCAGCAGCAAUACCAGCAGCAGCAGCCGCAACAGCAACAGCAGCAGCCGCAGCAGCAGCAACAACAGCUACAGCAGCAACAACAACCGCCCCAGCAACAACAAGAUCAGCAUUAUCAGCAGGGGCAGCAGAUCUCAUCAGCCAUGUAAAUCAGCUUAAGAUCAGAAAAAAGAUUCGGCCUUGUCGACUCGAAAAUGCCCUGCACAAUUUGAACAGAAACUGCUGGGGAUAAGCUUAAAGAUUGCAUUUAAAGAUACCUCAGGGAUCUAACAACAUCGACGUCUCUUCGUAAUAAAUGCUUACCGAAUAUCGAUAAAAUAAAAAUUUGUAGCUGAACAGGCAAGUGUUUUUUAGUCGGCAAUAUUCCAUUUCAUGUUUUAGAAGUAGGUAACUCCAUAAGACCUAAGAAUAUGUGCAUAAUGCAUAUUUUUGAGUUGCUAACUUGUGGAAAAUGAGCUCAUAGUAGGUAUUUAAUAUUGGGAGAAAGAAAUACAUUUAUUUUCCUGGGGUUGACAAAAAAGCAACCUUUAGGCAACACCCCUAAACAAUGUAGAGUCGAUUAUUUGUGCAGAGCAUAAUCAAUUCAAAAACACAAAAACAAACAAACGGAAACAACGAUUCAAGAGAAUCAAAAAACUUAGUUCAUAACACCGAUAAGUGCGAUUCGAAUUCGUUAGCCGGCAGCAGGUCCUUUUGAAAAACUGGGGAUCUGUGGUCAAAUAGUUACGAAAAUACAAACCUAGAAUAGUUUCAUACGAGGCGAAAAAUAGAGUUUAAUAUUUGUAGCUUUACGACCAGAGGAUGCAAUUCUAAAUAUUAAAUGUAGGACUUAGCGGUGCAAUUCAAGAUUACCACACAAAAUUUAGAUCAAAUCAAAUUACUUAUUAUCAGCAAAUACAAAAUUCAAAAUCCCCUCAUAUAAUCUGUAGUCGCUUAGGUGAAAAUUCUAAAACCAACCAGUUUUGAACGCCUCAAAUUGUGAAAUUUUAGAUAGUCAAAAAUGGUUGGUUUGGUUUUGUCUUUUCACACCACAAACUAAGAUAUCUGCAGAUUAUAGUUUUUUUUUUUGUUUUUAUUGUUCUACAAAGGUCCGUUUUUUUAAGGCUAGUUAUUCGGAAAACUAUUAUCUGAUUACUUUUGUAACCAGUUUUUGAAAGUAUUUCAAUAAUAAAAUAUUAAACGAUAUUAAUUGUUUUUCCUAAAUUACACAGUCCUUAUUUAAUUUUUGAUUAUUAUAUUAAAUUAGUUAAAUGUUCAUACGAAAGCGUAACUUCGUAUUUUUCUCGAUGACAUUCACUUCAUUAAGAAAACGGGCCUUCGUUGAACAAAAAUAUAUCUCAUAGAACCGUUGACGAAGUCGUUUUGUAAAUGUUUAUCAGUAAGUUGUUUGACCUGUUAAUUAUGAACGAUUCUGAUGACUUAUGCUGUAUACUAGCUAUGCAAAUUAACGUAUAAGACAUGAUUCAGGUUAGCCCGCAUAUACUAGAGUUAAUGUUGUCCACAAACCAAUUACAACUUUAUAGGACUUUAAUGACUCUAGAUAUGAACAGUUGUACUUAUAUGGUACACCCCAUAUUCCUACAACUAGUACAACUGUUAAUCUGUUUCAACUGGAGUAAAUCCGGUAAACUAGCCGAUUUUUUUGAUAAUUGUGGGUUUAGAAAGAUGUUCAAAAGACUACUAUCGUCUUUUAAAACUUCACUAAACUCACAUGCACAAAUCAAAUCUACUAGUCAGUAACGUUCGUAAGUCAAAAGUACGAAUGCCAAACAAUAAAUAAGAGUAAUACGAAUUUAUUGUACAUACAAUAAAUAAGUAGGUACAGAACUGUUUUAUCCAUUGAACUUUGACACCAAUUAAAAUUGGAUAUUAUUCGUAUAGGAUAACACACCACACACCACACACAAACACUAGCAAAGGAAGUAUAUAGAAGUAUUGUCUCUCUCUCACGAAGUAGCAAGUGGCUACUUAAAUACGUCUACUUGUAUGUCUAUAUGUCAGUAGAUGUCGAAGUAUAACAAAUAAAACUAAACUAAAGUGCAUUUGCAAAACACAGAAACGUUUACUUUUUAGCGCACUUCAUGGAUUACAAAAAAAAGAGUUAUUGAAUUAAUUAUAUAUACAUAUACAAGCAUUACGAAUUACAUAUUAUGUACAAUUUUGCCUUUGAAAAAUUUUUAAACGGAAACGAUUUCAUUAUUCACAUACGAUUAGAUAUAUGUGUAAAGGAAAAAUAAAAUUUCUUCAACUUUUUUGGUAUCCAAAAGAGCAAAAACAAAAAGCAAAGCUGGUCUUUUAU